CCAGUGUGGGCAUCAUGUCUGUGCGCUUUUCUUCCUCAUCCAGACGGCUGGGCUCCUGUGGGGGUGCAGGCUCCGUGAGGCUCUCUGGUGGGGAAGCCAGCUUUGGGGCCGGAAAUGCAUGCGGUGUGCCAGGCAUUGGAAGUGGCUUCUCUUGUGCCUUUGGGGGCAGCUCAGCGGCAGGAGGCUAUGGUGGAGUGCUGGGCGGGGGGAGUGCUUCUUGUGCUACCUUCACCAGGAACGAAAACGGCCUCCUCUCUGGCAAUGAGAAGGUGACCAUGCAGAACCUCAAUGACCGCCUGGCCUCCUACCUGGAGAAUGUUCGAGCACUAGAGGAGGCCAACGCUGACCUGGAACAGAAGAUCAAGGGGUGGUAUGAGAAAUUUGGACCUGGUUCUUGCCGAGGUCUUGAUCAUGAUUACAGCAGAUACUUUCCAAUAAUCGAUGACCUUAGGAACCAGAUAAUUGCUGCAACUACAAGUAAUGCCAAUGUUAUCCUGCAAAAUGAUAACGCGAGACUAACUGCUGAUGACUUCAGACUGAAGUUUGAGAACGAACUGGCCCUUCACCAGAGCGUGGAGGCAGACAUCAAUGGCUUGCGCCGAGUGCUGGAUGAGCUGACCUUGUGCAGAACUGACCUUGAGGUCCAGCUGGAAACUCUCACCGAGGAGCUGGCAUACCUCAAGAAGAAUCACGAGGAGGAAAUGCAGGCUCUGCAGUGCGCCGCGGGAGGCAACGUGAACGUGGAGAUGAACGCCGCCCCCGGGGUGGACCUCACGGUGCUGCUGGGCAACAUGCGAGCCGAGUACGAGGCCCUGGCUGAGCAGAACCGCCAGGAUGCGGAGGCCUGGUUCCAGGAGAAGAGCGCUUCGCUGCAGCAGCAGAUUUCCGACGACGCUGGCGCUACCACCUCCGCUAGGAAUGAACUCACGGAAUUGAAACGUACUCUUCAAACCCUGGAGAUUGAACUGCAGUCCCUCUUAGCGAUG